GUUUGGCAGAGAGGGGUGGAGGACACUGAAUGGAGGCCAGUGGAGGGAUUGGCAGAGAGGGGUGGAGGACACUGAAUGGAGGCCAGUGGAGGGAUUGGCAGAGAGGGGUGGAGGACACUGAAUGGAGGCCAAUGGAGGGAUUGGCAGAGUGGGGUGGAGGACACUGAAUGGGGGCCAAUGGAGGGAUUGGCAUAGGGGUGGAGGACACUGAAUGGAGGCCAAUGGAGGGAUUGGCAGAGAGGGGUGGAGGACACUGAAGGGUUGGUAAGGUGGAUGAGCCUGGCAGCAGCGUGGGGGAGGAAAUAUUAGGAGCUCAGU